AGAGCAUCACAGAGAGGGAAAGUGGGUGGUUGCAGAUAUCGAUGGUAUUAACAAUGGAGCGUUAGGAUACAGUGAGGUGAUAGUCAGCCUUAAAACGGCUGAGGGUAAAGAUAUUUGAGGAGGGGGGCUCCUCCUCGGUGAGCACAGGGGGAGGAGGAGGAGGAGGCUGGAGGAGGAGGAGGAUGGGCCUCGAACACAGACUUGCAAUGGCACUGCAAAAAAUGGAUUAAAGCAGUAUGCUGGACAAGAGCGAGGUGGCAACUCUAGGCCUACCCCCCAACACCAGCAGCCAUGGAGGCUCUGACAGUAACAUCAGUGCAGACGGAGCAGGGGCAGCAGCAGCAGCAGCAGCAGCAGGGGUCACAGCGGGAGGUGCUGAGUGUUCGGGGGCUGGUGAGCUACAGCGAACGCGUGCUGCUCUGGAGCACCUGCAGCAGAAGAUCCUGAAGGUCACCGAGCAGAUUCGUGUAGAGCAGGAGGCUCGAGACGACAACGUUGCAGAGUACCUAAAGUUGGCUCACAACGCAGACAAACAGCAGGCGUCACGAAUCAAGCAGGUGUUUGAGAAGAAAAACCAGAAGUCGGCACAGUCCAUCGCACAUUUGCACAAGAAACUAGAGCACUACCACAAGAAACUAAAGGAGAUAGAACAGAAUGGGCCAGCCCGCCAGCCUAAAGAUGUCCUGCGGGACAUGCAGCAAGGAUUAAAGGACGUUGGGGCCAACGUACGUGCUGGAAUAAGUGGUUUUGGAGGUGGAGUUGUUGAAGGAGUCAAAGGUGGAGUGUCUGCCCUGACUCACACAGCUGUGGUCUCCAAGCCAAGAGAGUUUGCCAGUCUCAUCCGGAACAAGUUUGGAAGUGCAGAUAACAUUACUCAACUGAAGGACUCACUCGAAGACGGAGUUGGGGGCCACUCUGAGGACACCCCUACACCUCGUGCCCUGAGUGGAAGUGCCACUCUAGUUUCCAGCCCAAAGUACGGCAGUGACGACGAGUGCUCCAGCGCCACGUCGGGCUCAGGAGCAGGCAGUAAUUCUGGUGGGGCAGGAGGAGGGGGAGGGGGAUUGUUAGGUCCAACCAUGGGGAGUCCAAGGCUAGACGGGCACCACCACCACCACCAUCACAUGCACAGCUCUUGGGACUCUCUGCUCGAGAGCCUUCAGGAGAUCAAAGCCAGCCAGGCGCACAUGGAGGACGCUAUUGAGGACAUGAAGGGCCAGCUGCAGAGUGACUACUCUUACAUGACACAGUGCCUGCAAGAGGAGAGAUACAGGUAUGAGCGGCUUGAAGAACAGCUGAAUGACUUAACAGAGUUACAUCAAAAUGAAAUGACUAACCUUAAACAGGAACUUGCCAGUAUGGAGGAAAAAGUUGCCUACCAGUCCUAUGAGCGUGCGAGAGACAUUCAGGAAGCUGUGGAGUCAUGUCUGACCCGCAUCACUAAACUGGAGCUGCAGCAGCAGCAGCAGCAGGUGGUCCAAUUGGAGGGAGUUGAGAACGCUAAUGCACGAGCUCUGCUGGGCAAACUCAUCAACGUCAUCUUGGCGCUCAUGGCAGUGCUUCUGGUGUUUGUCUCUACCUUGGCCAACUUCAUCACCCCGCUGAUGAAGACACGAGCCCGGGUGGGCGCCACCGUCCUCCUGACCUUGCUGCUGUUCAUCAUGUGGAAGCAGUGGGACUUUUUGGAGCCAUGGCUGCUGCCCAGCUGAGCUCCCUGAGAGAGACUCAAAAGCAGAGAGGCUGCUUUCAACUCAGUCACCAUUUCAGGAUGCAGAGACUGAAAUAGAAUGAGGGCGACUGCAGUUGUUCCCUUUGAGUGUGCAGGGGGGGGGGGGGGGCAUCUGAGGACAAAACAUGGCACUUUUAGUGGAGGGGUGGAAAAGAGCUGGCAGAGAGAGAGUGAGUGUUCAGUGGUGUUUACAACAAUUCUCUGCUUGCCAAGAGACAAAAGACAUCAUCUCAUCUCGCCAGUGAUGAUGACAAAUCAUUGAUUGCAUUGCUGUCACCAAAAACUGAAUUUCUCUUAAGAAAACUUUGGACCGUCUUUUUCUAAUAAUUUAUGAUACAUGAAUAAAAAUGACUGGACGAACCUCUAAUGCUGACCAUGUUUGCUGUAACCUUCAUGUUGAAGCUUUAGUAUAAUUAAGAGGAAUUUUUUCAUGAAUGUCAUGUACUCAUGCAUGUCUCCAUACGCACACUAAGAUGCAUCUAGCAGGCAUGAGUUAACAUUUCAUUAAUGACAAAAUGAAUCUUCUAUAACUGCCAUUUUGUUGACAGAAAUAUAGUGCAGAUAUGUUGUUUCUCAACUCAGUGUCAUUCCCGGUUUGUUUCACAUCCUGUUCUGGUGCUUUUAGCUGCAUUUCUUUCUUUUUUCUGUCUUUGUUCUUAAACUUCAAUGAAAUGUUUUAAAAA